AUGUAUCGGCUAAUGUUCUCGUGCUAUACGACCAUCUUCGAGUCAGUGUCGUUUCGGAGGCAUUUCUUCCGUCGUCGUAAAUGCAGCAGCAAUAAUACGGACGAGAAACGUUUAACGCUUAGCCAGGAGACCGUGACUGAUGCACAGACCGAGAUGGACAAUAUGGCGGCGACGACAAUCGACGCAGAGGAGGAUGACUAUUCGCUGUCCGAUGAGGAACGAUUGUGGCAACAACUGCGGGAACGAUUGAAUUCGGCCGAUGAACGCAACGCAAAUCCGCCAACGAUCAUCGUUCAAAACACUGAUCUUCAAAGCGAACUCGAAAGCGAACGACCUGAGGUAAUUGUGAACGAAUAUGCUUGCUUUACAGUGUCUUUAUCAAAAUCGCCAUUGCAUCGAAUCAAUUUCACUUCUUUAAUCGUAACAUUGACUAUUACUUGCUUUUCGACUAGGAUAUUUUGA